AUGCUUAGAGUAUUAGUGGUGCGAGGUAGCCUUCGUUCAGCUGCAAUUGCAGCAUGGAAAAUGCCUACUGUAAUGGCGCAGAAAACUUCCAUUAUUUGCACGGGAUACAUGCAGCAAAAUAAAUUAAAUUUAAAUCAAGUGCGUUUUGCUGCUCAUAUACAUUUGACGAUGAAAGUUGUCGAGCAGCGAAUUAUGCUUGUUCUGAGUUUAUACGAUAAGAUUGAUCCAAAGAAAUUAACGCUUGAUUCGGACUUUAAAAAAGAUCUUGGAUUAGAUUCACUGGAUUUCGUGGAAGUGAUCAUGGCGAUCGAGGAUGAAUUUCAUUUCGAAAUUCCGGAUGGUGAUUCUGAGAAUAUGAAAACACCACGAGAUAUUUAUCAGUAUAUUUGUGAUAGGAAAGACGUUUACGAAUAA